CUGGCUUCGGCCUUCCGCGAGACGGGCGGGGCUCCACCACCUGGUUUCUGGAAUUCCGCGGGCUGUAGAAGGCUCCGCCCCCUGGUUUCCGGCAUUCCGCGAGCCGGGCAGGGCUCCGCUUCUCGGUUUCUGGAAUUCCGCGGGCUGGAGAGGGCUCCGCCCCUCGGUUUCCGGCAUUCCGCGGGCUGGAGAGGGCUCCGCCCCCUGGUUUCCGGCAUUCCGCGAGCUGGAAAGGGCUCCGCCCCCUGCUUCCCAGCAUUCUGCGGGUUGGGCCGAGCGGUCGGGCCUCAGGUUCGAGCUCCAGGCAGGAUGUGGGCACCGCCAUGUUAGAGGGGCGGAGCGCUUUUUUAAAGCAAUGUUAUCGAGGAAAAAAAGUAAAAACGAAGCGUCCAAACCGCCUGAAGUUCAAGGGAAGUACGUCAAGAAGGAGACCUCUCCACUCCUGAGGAAUUUGAUGCCUUCAUUUAUUCGCCAUGGGCCAACCAUUCCAAGGCGGACUGAUGUUUUAGUAGAGACCGGACCUUCUGUUUACCCCUCUAUUGAUAUUGUUUCCCGAAACCAAAGUUUCCUGCGAGGUCCUGUCCAAAGGCCAGCACGUGAAAUCAUUAGACGUGAAAGCAGUAGGCCUUCAGGACCUUCCUACAUCACACGUAAUGAAGUUCCUCAAGAAUAUGGUGUCUCAUCACAAUCCUAUAUAGCUGAAAUUAACUCUGAGAAUGGUGAUGCUGGCCAGCCUGCUGCCCGUUAUUAUUACCCUGAACCAUAUUAUGAAGAUGGACAAAGACGGCGGCAUGUAGCUGAACGUUUCUGGGAUGAUUAUAGAUAUUAUGAUCACGGUCCUGAUCCUUUUCCACGGUUACCACAGGGGCAAAGUAGACAUCCAGUUGGCAUAGGAAGAGUUCCUUCAACAUCCAUGGGAAACCUAACAAAUCAUGGUACUGACGAAUUGCCUCUUCCUCUUGGUUGGUCAGCGGACUGGACUAUUCGAGGAAGAAAAUACUAUAUAGACCAUAAUACUAACACAACUCAUUGGAGCCAUCCACUUGAAAGAGAAGGCUUGCCGCCUGGGUGGGAGCGAGUGGAAUCGCCUGAAUUUGGUGUUUAUUAUGUGGAUCACAUCAACAAGCGAGCCCAGUAUAGGCAUCCUUGUGCUCCCAGUGUUCCCCGGUACGACCAGCCACCACCUCUUGUUCCUCCUGUCACAUAUCAACCACGACAAACCGAUCGAAAUCAACUGGUUCCUGCAAACCCAUACCACACAGCUGAAAUUCCAGAUUGGCUGAAAGUCUAUGCCAGGGCUCCAGUAAAAUAUGAUCAUAUCCUGAAGUGGGAGCUCUUCCAACUAGCAGAUUUGGAUGCUUACCAAGGAUUGCUGAAACUGCUCUUCAUGAAGGAAUUGGAAAGGAUUGUGAAGUCAUAUGAGGCUUAUAGACAAGCACUUUUGACAGAACUUGAAAACCGCAAGCAAAGGCAGCAGUGGUAUGCACAACAUCAUAGCAAGAAUUUUCCAGCAAAUGCCUGACAGCCUAUGCAUUUGAACACUAAAUGGUUUUACUUCAUAAAACAAUUUUGUUUCUAGUGCAAAGUACCAUGUUUGCUGUAUUUCUAAUGAAGCAAAAGAAGUUCAGCUCGGAGGAAAUAAUUUGCCUCUAAAUUUCAACAUUAUGACCAAUGAAACAGAACAUGCUGCAUACAAUUUGUUUCUGUAUAUGUUGGUUUAUCUAUUUUACCAAGUCUUUGUGCAGUCUGUGCCUCAAAGUAAAAGUACAAAUAUUGCUCCAGAAACAGCAAUUUUGCAACAGACAUCAAGGUCUGCUUGUAAAUCUUUAAGCAUGGAUUGUUAACUUUGGUUCAUGAAAUAAGCUAAAGCAUCCAACACUAACUUGGUAAGAGAAUAUUAAUGUGUCUGUGUUUACAUACAAAGCCAAACUCCCAAGGGUUUUCUUGUGAACAUUGGAAGCAAUGUUUGAUAUUGUAAUGGCAUUGUUAUAUGCCAACUUUUUUAAUAGUAAUGACAAGUGCGAAAUCAAACACAAGCAGUUUGGCAUUCCACUGUACUCCUUUUGUCCUUUUAAUUAUUUUGGCUCCAUAUAUUGCAUUCAUUGAAGACAACUUUGUUGCUUGAGUGCAAUGAGGCUUUUUUUGGCUUGUUUAGCAAGCAGUUUAUUAAAACAGACUAGUCAAAGUUAUUUCAAUUCUUUUGCAAAUAAAUCAGGGAUACAAUAUUUUGACUCGUUAUCUAUAAACUGAAGCAUUUUAUACAAACUGUAAUAAUGUUUUGUACAAAUAAGCUGAUUAGGAGUGUAUUUUCAUAGUUGCAAUGCUUUAAAUAGAUCGAAAUUUCACACUGUAUGUGGUUUCAGCAAUUCGGUAGUAGACAAAUUGCUAUUUAUUUUUUAUUUAGUGCAAUAAUAUGUAUAAACUUAAAUAAAUUUCAAUAAACCUU